AUGUGCCAUGGAAGCAUGUGUCCCUCCACCUGUAAACAUCGGGCCUGUACCCAACAUGGCCACUGCUGCCACGACCAGUGCCUGGGAGGUUGCUCAGAGGCAGGCAACGCCAGCCGCUGUGUGGCAUGCCAGAAGUUCCAGCACCAGGACACCUGUGUGGACCGCUGUCCCCAGGGAUACUACACCUUCAAGGGCUGGCGCUGCGUCUCUCUCUCCUUCUGUCAGGACCUCCACAACCAGUGCAAGAACGGGAAGGGCAACGACUGCCACGAGUACGUCAUCCACAACGGAGCCUGCAUCCCAGAAUGCCCCUCAGGAUAUACCACCAUCAACUCUACUAGGUUGAACUGUACUCCGUGCGCGGGCCUGUGUCCUAAGAUGUGUUCGGGAGUGAAGAUCGUAGACUCUGUGACAGCAGCCCAGGCUCUUAGAGGAUGCACUGUGCUCAACGGUAGCCUGGUUAUCAAGAUCCGUGGAGGAAAUAACAUAGCCGCAGAGCUGGAGGCUAACCUGGGUCAACUGGAGGAGAUAACAGGCAACCUGACCAUCAAGAGAGCCUAUGCCCUUGUCUCUCUCUCCUUCCUCCGCAAGCUACGCGUCAUCCGGGGAGAGACGCCGACCCAAGAUGGGAACUACUCGUUCUAUGCUUUGGACAACCAGAACCUGCGUCAGCUGUGGGACUGGAACAAACACAACCUGACCAUCCUCCAGGGACGCAUGUUCUUCCUUCACAACUCCAAGCUGUGCAUGUCUGAGAUCCGCAAGAUGGAGGUGGUGACAGGCACUAAGGAGAGAGGCAUCAAGAAUGAAAUCGGCAGGACCGAUGGAGACCAGGCCUCCUGUGAGACCCAGUUCCUGAAUUUCACCACGGUGCGCACACAGUCGGACAAGAUCCUCCUCAAGUGGGAACCUUUCUGGCCGCCAGACUAUAGGGACCUACUGGGCUUCAUGGUCCUCUACAAAGAGGCGCCUUAUAAGAACGUGACAGAGUUUGAUGGCCAGGAUGCAUGUGGCUCUAACAGCUGGGUGAUAGCUGACGUCGACCCUCCACCCCGGGCCACGGAGGGGAAAGAGCAGGCGGAGCCUGGCUUCCUCAUCCAUCCUAUGAAGCCCUGGACCCAGUACGCCAUCAUGGUCAAGACCCAGCUCUCCGCCUCAGACGAACACCAGGUCCUCGGGGCCAAGAGCGACAUCAUCUACGUCCGCACCAAUGCCACCAAGCCGUCCGUGCCACUGGACCCCAUCUCCUCGUCCAACUCGUCCUCUCAAAUCAUCCUGAAGUGGAAACCUCCCACAGAUCCCAACGGGAACAUCACUCACUACCUGGUGUACUGUCAGCAGCAGCCCGAGGACAGCGACCUCUACAAGUUCGAUUACUGUCAGAAAGGAAUGAAGUUGCCGUCGCGGGCUCCUACCCACCUGGACACUGAAGAGGAACAGAAAUGGAACCAAACAGACGAGCCUGGGCCAGGGAGCCGCUGCUGUUCCUGCCCCAAAACAGAGACCCAGCUCAAGAAGGAGGCCGAUGAGUCUGAUUACCGCAAGACCUUUGAAAACUACAUCCACAACGAAGUGUUUGAACCCAGACCGUCUCGUCGGCGCCGCUCAGUGGGUGUGGCCAACGCCACCCUGCCUCGCUUCCUGACCACUCCCCCCACCCUGCCCAACGCGUCGACCACGCCCAGCCCAGAGGGCGAGGGGGCGGAGGGCUCCAAGGUGACACUUGUGGUGUUCGCCAAGGAGUCAACCGUCAUCUCCAACCUGCGCCACUUCACCAGCUACCAGAUAGAGAUCCAUGGUUGUAACCACCCCUCGGACUCCCAACGCUGCAGCAUGGCCACUUACGUCAGCGCACGCACCAUGCCCGAGGAGAAAGCUGAUGACAUUGUGGGCCAGGUGAGCCAUGAGAUUGUGUUGGAGAACCCAGACUCUGUCCACAUCAAGUGGCUGGAACCCAAAGCCCCCAACGGCAUGAUCAUCCUGUACGAGAUCAACUACAGGAGGAUAGGAGACCCGGAGGAGCUGCAUCACUGCGUGUCCAGGAAGACCUACGCCCAGAUCGGAGGCUGCAGGCUUCGUGUGGUGCAUCCUGGGAACUACACUGUGAAGAUCCGUGCCACCUCGCUGGCAGGAAAUGGCUCCUGGACUAAACCCACCUAUUUCUUCAUGCCCGACAAGGACAUUGUUUCACUGAACAUUAUCAUUGGCCCAGUCAUCUGCUUCAUCCUGCUUCUCUUCGUGGGAGGCGGAGUCUUCAUGGUCUAUAAGAAAAAACAAAUUGAGGGACCCACUGGACCUUUGAUCGCCUCGUCCAACCCGGAGUACCUGAGCGCUAGCGACGUAUACAUACCGGAUGACUGGGAGGUGGCGAGGGAACAGAUCAACAUACUCAAGGAGCUGGGUCAGGGUUCGUUUGGCAUGGUCUACGAGGGCGUCGCCAAGGACAUCGUGAAGGGCGAGCCGGACACGCGUGUGGCAGUGAAGACGGUCAACGAGUCGGCCAGUCUGAGAGAGAGGAUAGAGUUCCUCAACGAGGCCUCCGUCAUGAAGGCCUUCAGCUGCCACCACGUGGUACGUCUGCUGGGUGUGGUGUCUAAGGGCCAGCCGACUCUGGUGGUGAUGGAGCUGAUGACCCACGGGGAUCUGAAGAGCUUCUUGCGGGCUCUCCGUCCAGACUCCGAGAGUAACCCCACAGGGAAGCCCCCUCCCACUCUGAAGGAGAUGAUUCAGAUGUCAGGAGAGAUAGCAGACGGCAUGGCCUACCUCAACGCCAAGAAGUUUGUCCACAGAGAUCUAGCUGCCAGGAACUGCAUGGUGGCUGAGGACAACACAGUCAAGAUCGGAGACUUUGGUAUGACCAGAGAUAUCUACGAGACGGACUACUACCGCAAGGGAGGGAAGGGUCUACUUCCUGUCAGGUGGAUGGCUCCUGAGUCGCUCAAGGACGGAGUGUUCACCGCACAUUCAGACUGCUGGUCGUUUGGCGUGGUGUUGUGGGAGGUCAGUACCCUGGCAGAGCAGCCGUACCAGGGCCUGUCCAAUGAGCAGGUCCUCAAGUUCGUCAUGGACGGAGGAUACCUGGACAGACCAGAGAACUGUGAACAGAGGAUCCACAACCUGAUGUCUAUGUGCUGGCAGUACAACCCCAAGAUGCGUCCCACCUUCCAGGAAAUCAUCGAGAUGUUAAAGGAGGACCUUCACCCCAGUUUCCAGGAGGCGUCCUUCUUCUACAGCGAGGAGAACAAGCUCCCGGAGACGGAGGAGUUUGACUUGGACCUGGAGAACAUGGAGAGCAUCCCGCUGGACCCGUCGUCCUACUCCCAGAGAGAGGACAGAGACAGUCUGUCCAGAGAUGAGGGACCUAGUCAAGGCCUGAGGGGAAACUACGAGGAACACGUGCCCUACACGCACAUGAACGGUGGCAAGAAAAACGGACGAAUCUUAUCGUUGCCCAGAUCCAGUCCUUCCUAACAUUUUCUCUUCUUUUCAGCUCCUUUGAUUCUGUCGUUUUCUAAUUUUUUAUUUUUUAUUGUAUUACUCUUUCAGAAGCCCUUCAAAAAAAAAACACAAAAAACAGAUCUCAGGACUUUUUUUUUUUUCAUUUCUUCCUCACAGCUGCCAAGCAUGGCGGCACAGGAUGCAAACGUUUUGGUGUAUGUUGAGACAUUUUCGCAUUUAUCCAGAAUCAUCUACGACAACUUUCUACUCUCUUUAUUUUGUUUUUCACAAUUGCCAAGUUUCCAGGACUGGUCGCUGGGAAAAAGAAAAAAAAACUGUGAACACACAGCUUAAAGAACCAUAAGGCUGCUCCAGACCUCUCUCCCUCUCCCUCUCCCUCUCCCUCUCCAGGCUGUCCCAUCUCUCCUCCUCCCCAGGCUGUCCCAUCUCUCCUCCUCCCCAGGCUGUCCCAUCUCUCCUCCUCCCCAGGCUGUCCCAUCUCUCCUCCCCCAGGCUGUCCCAUCUCUCCUCCUCCCCAGGCUGUCCCAUCUCUCCUCCUCCCCAGGCUGUCCCAUCUCUCCUCCUCCCCAGGCUGUCCCAUCUCUCCUCCUCCCCAGGCUGUCCCAUCUCUCCUCCUCCCCAGGCUGUCCCAUCUCUCCUCCCCCCCAGGCUGUCCCAUUUUCAAGUGAAAAUGUUUUCAGAUAGUGGCCUUUUUAUAUGUGGCUUAUAAACAAAGAGAAGUGUAUCAAUGCUUGUGUUCUUUUCCUUUGAACAAUGACUAAACAGUUUGGAAUUGUGGGACGGCAUAGACUCUCCUAGAACAAAUGUCUAUUUGUAGAGGAACAUUUAUUUUCUUUUUUUUUCUGCAGAAUACUAAACUUCACAGAUUAUUGUGGUGUUUGGUGAAUAGUUGUAAUUUAUUUGUUUUUUUUUUGUCUCAUCUCUUUGUUUUAUUUCUUCUGUGUCCUCGUUAUGGCUGAAGGAUAUUUAAACAGUUAAAGUUGGACAAAACAGUUCCUCCGACUGACCAAUAGCUGCUGCUUUGAUAUAUUUUAGUGGGUAUAGAAUAUAUAUAUAUAUUUAUAUAUAUAUAUAUAUAUAUACACAGUACCAGUCAAAUGUUUGGAGACACCUACUCAUUCCGGGGAUUUUCUUUAUAUUUACUAUUUUCUACAUUGUAGAAUAAUAGUGAAGACAUCAAAACUAUGAAAUAACACAUAUGGAGUCAUGUAGUAACCAAAAAAGUGUUAAACAAUUCAAAAUCUAUUUUAUAUUUGAGAUCCUUCAAAGUAGCCACCCUUUGCCUUGAUGACAGCUUUGCACACUAUUGUCAUUCUCUCAACCAGUUUCAUGAGGAAUGCUUUUCCAACCAUCUUGAAAGUGUUUCCACAUAUGCUGAGCAGUUGUUGGCUGCUUUUUCUUCACUCUGCGGUCCAACUCAUCCCAAACCAUCUUAAUUGGGUUGAGGUCGGAUGAUUGUGAAGACCAGGUCAUCUGAUGCAGCACUCCAUCACUCUCCUUCUUGGUCAAAUAGCCCUUACACAGCAUGAGGUGUGUUUGAGGUCAUUGUCCUGUUGAAAAACAAAUGAUAGUCCCACUAAGCACAAACCAGAUGUGACGGCGUAUCGAUGCAGGAUGCUGUGGGAGCCAUGCUGGUUUAGUGUGCCUUGAAUUCUAAAUAAAUCACAGAGAGUGUCACCAGCAAAGCACCACCACCUCCAUGCUUCAUGGUGGGAACCACACAUGCGGAGAUCAUCUGUUCACCUGCUCUGCAUCUCACAAAGACACGGCGGUUAGAACCAAAAAUCUCAAAUUUGCACUCCUCAGACCAAAGGACAGAUUUCCACCAGUCUAAUGUCCAUUGCUCGUGUUUCUUGGCCCAAGCAAGUCUCUUCUUCUUAUUGGUGUCCUUUAGUAGUGGUUUCUUUGCAGCAAUUUGACCAUGAAGGCCUGAUUCACGCAGUCUCCUCUGAACAGUUGAUGUUGAGAUGUGUCUCUUACUUGAACUCUGUAGCAUUUAUUUGGGCUGCAAUCUGAGGCUAGUAACUCUAAUGAACUUAUCCUCUGCAGCAGAGGUAACUCUGGGUCUUCCUUUCCCAUGGCGGUCCUCAUGAGAGCCAGUUUCAUCGUAGCGCUUGAUGAUUUUUGCGACCCCACUUGAAGAAACUUUAAAAGGUAUUGAAAUGUUCCUUUUUGACUGACCUUCAUGUCUUAUAAUGAUGGACUGUUGUUUCUCUUUGCUUAUUUGAGUUGUUCUGUUACCAAAUAGGGCUAUCUUCUGUAUACCACUCCUACCUUGUCACAACACAACUGAUUGGCUCAAACGCAUUAAGAAGGAUAGAAAUUCCACAAAUGAACUUUUAACAAGUCACACUUAUUAAUUGAAAUGCAUUCCAGGUGACUACCUCAUGAAGCUGGUUGAGAGAAUGCCAAGAGUGUGCCGAGUUGUCAUCAAGGCAAAGGGUGGCUACUUUGGACAAUGUCAAAUAUAACAUAUAUUUUGAUUAACAGAAAUGUUUGGUUACUAUGGUAUUCCGUAUGUGUUAUUUAAUAGUUUUGAUGUCUUCACUAUUAUUCUACAGUUUAGAAAAUAGUUUAAAAAAAUAAAACUCUGAAAUGAGUAGGUGUGUUCAAACUUUUGACUGGUUUUGUAUAUAGUAUAUAUGGAAUAUUGUUUUGUUUUUAAUAUCAAUAUUUUAUAUAUAAUAUAUACAAUAUUUAUGUUCUUGUAAAUAGUUGAUGUUUAAUGUUUUCAUCUGAGGCUUUCCUGUAAGAUAUUAUUUUUCUUAUUUUAUUCUUAAUGUUUCUAACCCUGGAAAUGACACUAAUAGAUACUCUGUGUCUUAGACCGUCACAUACUUCUCUGUCCAACCCUCAGGAGAACCCAGUUCUCCUCGGCAUCAAAGGGCAGCCCACCAUUUUGGAAAAAUCAUGGCAUCUUUCAAAUGCUGUUCUUCGGUCAGUGGAAGAGUUUGGGUGGUAAAUCUGCUCCAACUGAAACUCCUUGGUUUCCUGUCUGUUGUAUUUUUUGUCCGAUGGAACUAUGGUCUAGACGUCAUGUUAUCUGUUGUUGAACAUUGAUGUGACUAUGUUAAUUUCUCUUAACUAUGGUUGAUCAUUAACGAUCUAUUGAUUGGUUGGUAUUAUCAGUGGGGCUAGAGAUGUGAUGUCUGCUUUCUUGGACAGACCGCUCGUCUUGUCCUGUGACGAUUGUGCUUCAUUGUCGUCUUCUAUUGGUAGGGGCGUUUGUAGGGUUGUAGGUCAGAGGAGAAUCAUCUAUUUGUUCUAUAACCAGCCUGAGCUGACUGGAGAUUGGGGCAGAAGCCUAUACAGGUGGAUGUAUGACAAGGGCCCGUAGCAUCAGUUCUUGAGAGAGAGAUCCCCUGCAGUACUUAGUUUUUGUAUUCUACCUUUUAUUUAACUAGGUAAGUCAGUUAAGAACAAAUUCUUAUUUACAAUGACGGUCUACGAACAGUGUGUUUUAAAUUCCUUGUUCAGGGGCAGAACUACAGAUUUUUACCUUGUCAGCUCGGGGAUUCGAUCUUGCAACUCUUCGGUUACUAGUCCAACGCUCUAACCACAAGGCUACCUGCCGCCCCGUGAGUGGCUACCUGGCAUCAUCUCUACUCUUUCACAAGCCCUGUGUUACUCAUACGUCUAGGUUUGUUCUGACCCUACCAUCACCCCCCCACACACACACACACACACACAUAACAACAGAAAGUUCUGACAGCCUAUUGGCUGUACUGCUCGCUGAAACAGGAAGGAGGUCACAAUCAGGUUGCUGUUGGAAUUUUCCGUGUUACUGUGGGUUGAGUGCUUUUGAUCGGAACGUUCUGGAAAGUUCCUAUUGCAUUCCGAGACUACAGCAGGCGGCAGAGAGAGAGAGAAGAGCAGUUUGACGGUGUAUGUGUUGGGGUUAGUGGAGCGAAGCUGGGGUGGUGGUGGUGGUGGUGGGGGUGAGGGGGGGCUGUGACUAUUAAUCCUAUUACAUCCCCUCUAUCACACGUAGUGUUUGAGUCAGGAAAUUCUGUACCCCCCCGACAUUCCGCUAUCGACGAUGUGGUCCGUGGCGUUCUAUUUGGCCUCGCCGUGUGCCCGUUUAUUCACAACCCUUCCUCCCUCCCACCCUAAAUGUAAGAGAUAUUGAACUCAAUCCCUUUACCUGCCUCUUUAGAGGACAUCACACCACAGUUGACAUUUUGUGACCGUUCACUCCAAUAUCUAAAGACGGGUCAUGAAGUUGUUAACUUCUGUCUGGGUACUGUCAGUCAUAUUGCGAAGUUCCAAACAGACAACAUUCCUGUCAGCUUUUCCCAGCACAAGACUAAGUCUUAUAAUAAUAAUAAUAAUAAUUAAAAGUCCACACACACAAUGACAUAGACAUACAUUCUAUCUGAUGGAAACCACACAUUGGUGUUAACGACAGAGGUUGAUUGAGAAGUGUCUACAUAGCAUUUCAAUUGAGAAGCACAAAUAACCCGAUCAUUAGUGGUUUACACACAUUUAUCCCUCCCUCUAGCCUAAGGCAGCGAUACUCCUUGUCUGUUGUCAGAAGCAUCGAUAAGGGACAGAAAAACACACUGGAGCUAAGGGCAAGUCAAUCUGGUCUGCAUUCAUCCACUCAGCACUUUGAACCUGGUGUUUAGAGCUCAGUGUAAUGGGCCUGAUGUUAUUAAACCAAACCCGCCCAUUCAUCAUCGCCCAGUUAUCUCUGUUAACCCGUCUGCCUGUGUCUGAGAUGGUGGAACCGUUACCUCGUCAGACUCCACCCAGUGCCUUCUCUACCAACCACAGACCUGAGAGAUGGAUGUACAUUUGUACAGGCUGGUUACUGUUUAUUUGACACACACACACACACACACACACACACACACACACACAGCAUCAUACCGUGACAAGAAUGCGAUCACAAUAUAGAAUCCCACGAGGUCCAACUCAAACGGCAAGGUUUCACUCCCAUGUUGAGUCAGUCAUCUUUACAACCAAGUAGAUGUGUGUGUGUGUGUGUGUGUGUGUGUGUGUGUGUGUGUGUGUGUGUGUGUGUGUGUGUGUGUGUGUGUGUGUGUGUGUGCGCGUGUGCGCAUAUUAGACAGAUGGAGAGAAAUAUGACUCUUAGAUGGGAGCUGAAUCCAUACGUGUAAAUACCAAGUUGUGUUUAGAGAUGACGAGAUGUUGGAAAAGAUAUGACCGUUGCUACUUAAAGUUCUAUCUGUUGCCAUGGGGAACUUCGGGCUAGUGGGAGGGCUUUGUGGGAAAGAUGUUGGUCUGUUGUAAAGGUUUGAAUGGCAAGUCCACAGAUUACUAAUGGCGUUCCAAGUUAAAACCACCAUUUUGAUUCUCGACAAUUCAAGGUGUUAAAAAAUAUAUAUAUCUCUUCCAAUCUUUUGGUGGGAGUCUCUCUACAUAUGACCAGUCCAGAUAGUUAAAUGGUGGGUGUUUAUCUCUACAUAUGACCAAAUCACCAUAUCUUUAAGAAAUUAUAGAUAAUUCAUAUUUUAUUUAUUUUAUUAUGAUCGUUGUCAUUGUACAAAAAAAAAAAACCCGGUUAGCUUUUUAGUCAAACGUUUUUUUAAAUGUUGAAAGUCAGGUAAAAAAACAGACUAUUUUGUUAACAGUAGAGCUAUAAAUGUCAGAAUGAGUUGGUAGUUGUCUGGUCUGUGUGUUUGACCACAGUCUACCUCAGGCGUUUUGGAGGAAUCACUACAGCAUCUCUCUCCGUAUAUCAGUCGUUAUCUCUGCAGCCCAAUCAGAGGACCGGGACACUGCCCACCCGUGACCACUGCUGUGACAGCAUCAUACCGUGACAAGAUUCCGAUCACAAUAUAGAAUCCCACGAGGUCCAACUCAAACGGCAAGUUUUCACUCCCAUGUUGAGUCAGUCAUCUUUACAACCAAGUAGAUGAAUCCCCAGUGUAGUGUAAAGCAGAACCUCAAAGGGUUUUUAAACAUUGCCACAAACUUUGAUUUAAAUAGUCAUGUUAGCUGUUAUUGGAAGGUGUAAAUCGGGCCUGAAUGUGGUGUUAUGGCUACAACCUAUUUGACUGGUGAUUAUCAUGCACAAAAGGUUCAGUUCCUGCUCCCUUUAUUUUCAUAGAAGCGCAGAAUCCCCAAGCAUCAGGUUUGGUUUGAUGUCCUUUUUGAAAUGAACAGUUUCCUAGUUUAACAUACCCACUUAGCUAUCUGAUAGUUGCUCUACUUAUCUACAUACAUUGUUCUAGUGAAGACUUGAUUAAUUUGAGCUUUUUUUGGGGGGGGUGAAAUUCUGCAUCAAGACCGAGUCGUCCAAAUCAUGAAUGCAUAUCUCUUUGAUCACAUACAUACAGCCAAAGUCUUCUAUAGCUCAGCUAUGUCUUGGUCACGCUGUUCAUCAUGGACAGAAUAGAUUAUCUCCUCAGUGGUUGGUUUUUGGUGGGUGGAGAUGUAUCUCUCCUGAGUUCCUUGUCUGCUCAAGUCACUAAAAUAUGGGACGGCAUUCAGGCUUGAAGGCUAAACAUUUUUUUAUUAUUUUUUUUUAUUACAUUUUAUGUAUCUUCCAGAAGUGUUUUUUUUUCUUCUUUUUUCUCUGUUGUCAGUUUGCAUUUAUGUUGUAUGUAUUAUUGUUCUACUGUGAAAAUCUGUUAUUAUAUCAACGCCACCGGUGCGCUCUGUGUGGACAUGCCUCCGUUGGUUAAAGGACUGUGAGAGAGCUGGAGAAUCCUGUGUGCCAUAAUAAACAGAAACAAGUAUUGGAGACUGUAACUUCUCAGGGAGGCAUGAGUUGUGCGGGUGUGUUUGAGGGUGGAAAGAAGCUACCUGUCUGACCUGUCUGACCUGAAGUUGAAGUUCUCUCGUCAUCCUAGCAAAUUAUUGGGGGCAGCAAGUUGUCAACAAACAAACAACUGACCCUUUGUGAAUCAAUAUUUUUUUUCAGCUCUUCAAGAUAAUGGACAUGAUGAUUAAAUUAAUGCUUGUUAUCAUUGUGAUCUGUGGUGUUCACUGCCACCAGCUGGCUGGAUGUGAAAGUGUAGCAGCUGGACCGGCGCUCGUCGCCAGGGCUCUGUCCCAUAGUGCCUUGCUCAGACUGACCGCCCUCCUCCCUCCUGACUAUACAGCCAGCCAGACCCUCAGUGCCCUGGACUGGACUAGUCUGGACUAUUCUGGACUAGUCUGGUCUGGAAUGCUCUGGACUAGAAUAGUCUGCUCUGGACUGGUCUGGACUGGACUGGACUAGACUGCCCUGGGACUGGACUGGACUGGACUAGACUGCCCUAGGACUGGACUGGUCUAUACUAGACUAGACUGCUCUGGACUGGACUGGUCUAUACUAGACUGGACUAGACUGCCCUGGGACUGGACUGGUCUGGACUGGACUAGACUGCCCUAGGACUGGACUGCUCUGGACUGGACUAGACUGCCCUGGGACUGGACUGGUCUGGACUGGACUAGACUGCCCUAGGACUGGACUGGUCUAUACUAGACUAGACUGCCCUGGGACUGGACUAGACUGCCCUAGGACUGGACUGGUCUAUACUAGACUAGACUGCCCUGGGACUAGACUAGACUGCUCUGGACUGGACUAGACUGUCUCCUCUCCUUGCUCAUCACCAAUAGUCAAGGAAUAAACCCCCAACGAACCCCCACAGCAGGAGAAUACUGGAGUAUCAACACAUGAUGUAUUCUAAGACAGGAGAGAGGGGUCCUUCCGUAACCCAUGGCUCCAGUCAGGGGGAAACACGUCCAGCUUGGCUGGAUUGAUGAUUCAUCAUAUUAUAUACUGUGUUGGGAUAAUUAUGUAAACGAUAUUCAUGGUUUAACUAAAAAUGUUGAACUUUUUUGUCUCUACUACUGGGGCGAAGCUCUGACUUGUUUUGUGCAUGAAUCCAAACCCCAAGCUGAUAGUUUGUUAAUUUGAUGCUAAUAGAAUUGUGUAUCUCGGCCAACUCAACUCGCUUUGUUGAUUAAAACACAACACCCAAAGCACAUGGGAUCAUCUAUAAUUAGCAACAAUUGAAUGCACGACAUGGGAGAAUAGAACUCCCAUUUUUAAAAUGCAUACUGUUAAUUUUGUAUUAAAACGAAUCAAAACUUUUAACUGUAAAUAGCGGCAGAGAUCCCUGAAAAAAUAUAAGCACUUGAUUUAGGAAAAUGUAGUUUUAGUUUAAACUCUGAUAACCUAAACAUGCGGUUUGCCAGAGCACGCUGGUAACCCAGCAGCAGAUUAACCAUCAUUCUGUUUAUUGUUUCAAAAAUGUUUAAAAAGUAUUACAUUUAGAGAUGUUGAUUAAAUAUUUUAAAUUUUGUGCCAAAAUAGAGGGCAAAUACAAUUACUUUUCUGACUGUAAACAUUUACUACUCUUGUACAUGAUUGAAUUUUAACAUUGUUAUCAAUGUAUAUAACUUUUUGUAAAUAAAAAAAUCAACAUUU